AUGUCCAAACAAAACCUCCGAAGCGAUGGCCGAAAGUUUGAUGACUUCCGACCCGUUCUUCUCAAUUGCGAUAGUGUGGGAACAGCUAAUGGCUCGGCGAUGAUUAGGUUCGGCAACAGUGCCGUCAUCUGCGGUAUAACCACUGAGGUAAUUGAACCAAACAUUGAGACACCAGACGAGGGAUCAGUUGAAAUCAAUGUCCGACUCCCGGCCUAUUGUUCCCCCAAAUACUGUAUGACUGACUCGACUAACGAUUUGCUUGUAUUGACGCAAACACUUAAAGAUGUGGUCAAACAAAGCAAACUCAUUGAUCUAAAGAAGUUGUGUAUUUUAGAGGCAAAGUUUGCGUGGAGUUUAAACAUUGAAUUGAUUUGUCUGAAUAACGCCGGAAACCUCUUAGACCUCUGCGUGACAGCCAUUGUGGCGGCCCUUCAUUCCUGUGAGCGAGCGAUUCAUUGGAUCAGUUUACUCAAGAAAACCAUUGUUUCCGAGGAUAAUAAGAUAUCGUACGAGAAGAAUACAGAACCGGUGGAAGUGACCACAUAUCCCAUUUCAACCACUUUCUCCAUAAUCAAUGGGUUUUGUGCUGUUAACGGAUCCGACUAUAGACGAGGAGAGUUUAGCCGAUUCUGUGGUGAAUAUAGUUGUGAAUGCGGACACAGAUAUCAUUCAUUACAUCCAAACGACUGGUUCCGCGAAACUUGAUUUAAAUGAUUUCGAAAAAUGUUUCAAAAUUGCCAGAAAUCGGUCC